AUGGAGCGUAAUGUUUGUGGCACAGCUCCUCUCAGCAGCAGGAUAGUUGGAGGACAGGAUGCCUCCGUGGGGAGCUGGCCCUGGCAGGUCAGCCUUGAGAGACCCUACGGUCACAUGUGUGGAGGCUCCCUCAUCAACAAGGAGUGGGUGCUGUCUGCUGCGUACUGCUUCAGCAGUGCCAGCACAAGUUGGUGGACUAUCAGUCUGUACGGUUCUAACCCAAAUGAAGUGUCUAGAACUGUGGCUGAGAUCAUUCUACAUCCUAAUUGUGAUGCCUCCACAUAUGAGAAUGACAUCGCUCUGCUCCGGUUGAGCAGUGCUGUCUCCUUCAGCGGCUACAUCAGACCUGUUUGUCUGGCAGCCAGCGGCAGCAUUUUCCACCAGGGAACAGACAGCUGGGUCACUGGCUGGGGAGCUAUCGAAGAAGGAGAGCCUCUUCCAAACCCAGGUGUUCUUCAGGAAGUGGAAGUUCCUGUAGUUGACAACAAAGUGUGUGAUGAGCUUUUGAUAUUUACAAAAAUCACAGAAAACAUGAUAUGCGCUGGCCUUCGUGAAGGAGGGAAAGACUCCUGUCAGGGUGACUCAGGUGGUCCAAUGGUGAUGAAAGAGGACUCUGUGUGGGUCCAGUCCGGGGUGGUUAGCUUUGGGAUAGGUUGUGCUCGACCUGACCUACCUGGAGUCUACGCCAGGGUCUCCCGUUAUGAGGACUGGAUCAAAUCCCACAUCAGCAGUGACCCACCAGGCUUUGUGCAGGUCAUCACCCCUACCCCACUGCUUCCUGUUUCCACCACAUCCAGCAGGACCAAAGUCACAUGCUCAUUCUGCCUCUACAUCCUUCUGUCUUUUCUACUCCUCCCUCUCCACUGA